AGCUCAGGAUCCCGGCGAGAGGCGCCCGAGUCUCGCAGCCCAGCAUGGCUUCGGGGGACCUUUACGAGGUUGAGAGGAUCGUAGACAAAAGGAAAAACAAAAAGGGUAAAUGGGAAUAUCUUAUACGGUGGAAAGGUUAUGGGAGCAACGAAGACACCUGGGAGCCAGAACAUCACUUGUUGCACUGUGAGGAAUUUAUCGAUGAAUUCAACGGACUGCACGUCACGCGAGAAAAGCGAGCAAAGCACGGGAAACAAGCCAGCGCGCCAAAAUUUUUACGUGAGAGCAGAGCAUCGCCCCUCGACAAAAUACCACAUAGGCCAUCUGACUCUGGGAAGAGCAAAGGGCUGCCCCAUAAACGGAAGCGCAUGGCCCCAUCAUUUCAAAAGCAAAAAAAGGGUUACGCGGCCAAGCCAGCACCUUCAGGAGACAGGGCUGCUAAAACAGUCUCUUACCGGACUACUCCCAGCGGCUUGCAGAUUAUGCCAUUGAAAAAGCCACACAACGGCUUGCAGAAUGGAGAUGCCAGUUAUGAAAAGGAUUCUAGACAUUUUGGGAACGGCCCCCCAAAGCCAGACUUGGAUUUAAAUGAACCUGAAGCGGAACCUGAUUUGCCUGGAGUGUUGGAUGUGAAUAAUGAGCCACCCGUCUUGAAUGGAAUUGGUUCUUCUCUGGCAAAUGGAGGCCUGAAUCUUCAUAGCACUGUGAAAAGGAAGCUGGAAGGGGAGAAAGAUUAUGUCUUUGAUAAGAGACUCAGGUACAGCGUGCGUCAAAAUGAGAGCAACUGUCGGUUCAGAGACAUUGUAGUACGCAAAGAAGAUGGAUUCACGCACAUCCUCCUCUCCAGUCAAACCUCAGAUAACAAUGCACUGACUCCAGAGAUCAUGAAGGAGGUCCGGAGAGCACUGUGCAAUGCGUCAGCCGACGACAGUAAACUCCUGCUUCUCAGCGCAGUGGGUAGUGUCUUCUGCAGUGGCCUAGACUACUCCUACUUAAUUGGCAGGUUAUCCAAUGAUAGAAGAAAAGAAAGCACUAGGAUCGCAGAAGCUAUAAGGGAUUUUGUCAAAGCUUUUAUCCAGUUUAAGAAGCCAAUCGUGGUUGCGAUCAAUGGACCCGCUCUCGGCUUGGGGGCUUCCAUUUUGCCGCUCUGCGACAUCGUCUGGGCGAGUGAAAAGGCCUGGUUUCAGACACCUUAUGCAACUAUUCGUCUCACUCCAGCCGGCUGCUCUUCCUACACGUUCCCACAGAUACUGGGUGUCGCUCUGGCAAAUGAAAUGUUGUUCUGUGGAAGGAAGCUAACGGCACAAGAAGCCUGCAGCAGAGGACUUGUCUCCCAGGUUUUCUGGCCCACAACGUUCGGGCAAGAAGUGAUGUUGAGGGUGAAGGAAAUGGCAUCCUGCAGUGCAGUGGUACUGGAAGAAUCUAAAUGCCUGGUCCGGAGCUUCCUUAAAUCUGGCCUCGAAGAUGUGAAUGAGAAAGAAUGUCAGAUGUUAAAACAGCUCUGGAGUUCUUCCAAAGGACUAGAUUCAUUGUUCAGCUAUCUGCAAGACAAAAUUUAUGAAGUCUGACAUCCUUGCGCAACUCUGAAAGAGCAGGGAGGAAGAAUGUUCCAAGAGAAAAGUGAUUUCAGGCGUCACCAGGGUUUGAGAAAAUAAUAUAAAAGUCAAACCCAGACCUAGCAAAUCCUUCAGAGGAAUUUGUGAUAGUGUAUCUAACAUACCUAUGGUUGUGUCAGUUUCCUUGUGAGUUAAAUAGAGAAGUUCAGUGGCUGUUCCUAGCAGGUUUGAUUAUUGUUCAACAAAGGAAGAGACAGAUGUGUUAAGAACUGCAUCUCAAGGUACACUUGCCUAGAGAGAAGUGUACAUUCCAUGUGCUAGAAAGCACGAGUGUGCCCCAUCAAGGUAUACUGCAAAAAUCAAUUGUUGUCUUUUUUAAAUUUUAAUUUAUUCUUGCUACUGUAAGCAACUUAUCUUUGCAUUGACCCAAGUGGCUCAGUUUAGAAUUUGGGCCAAAGCCACACUUUCAGGGCCCACUUUAGAAAUAUUUUAAUAAUUUUGUUUUGCUCGUUGAAAGAAUAACCAUGG